GGCUGGAUUGGAUCCCUCCAAAGACAUCCUCUUUCCUCUUGUCCUCUGUCCUGUCUGUUGAUUGAAACCAGAGCCUGCCUGCCAUGGGGGUGUGAGAAGAGGGCGGGGAGAGGAGGGCAGCUCAUGCUGCUGGAGUUAUUAGUGUUCAGCUCUGAGUGAAAACAAGAGGAUCGGGACAUGGGGCUCCAUCUGCACCCAGCUCACGCUUCCAAAUGGGUCAGAGGAGACGUAGUGCCCUGUUCCUUGCAGGGAAGAAGAGACUCCCAGAGAUAGUCUGCAGGAUGUUGCUACUGCUGGUGAUGGGUCUGGCUUGGUCCUUCCAUGGAGCCUCCUGCUUGCCACAUCCCACCGGACUCACAUGGGCAGAAGAGGGUGCAGAAGGGCAGUGCCAGUGUGUGCCACAGCUGUGCCCUAGAGCCACAGCCUGCCCAGCAGGCUUGGUGCGUGACCACUGCGGCUGCUGCCUGGAAUGCGGGAAUGCCGAGGGGCAGCCCUGCGACCUGGAUGGCAGUGGCACCUUCUAUGGGAGGUGCGGAGAGCACCUGGAGUGCCAGCUGGACAUCCAGGAGCUAGGCUAUGGGGGGAUCCCCAAGCCGCAAUGUGUGUGCAGGUCCCAGGGGGCCGUGUGUGGCUCUGAUCACAUCACCUACCAGAACAUCUGCAAGUUCCAGGAGGCCGUGCGUGAGAGAGAGAAGUGGAACCUCAGCAUCACCAGUGAUGGGCCCUGCCAAGCAGUUCCCCAGAUCAAGCACCAUCCCCAAGACCAGGUAAACAUGUCGGGCCAUGAUGUGAUCUUCAUGUGUGAGGUCUUUGCCUACCCCAUGGCCCUCGUGGAAUGGAGGAAGGAUGAAGAAGAAUUUGCUCUACCUGGAGAUGAUCCUCACAUCUCCAUCCAGUCCAGGGGUGGCCCUUUGAAAUACGAGCUGUCCAGCUGGCUGCAGAUUGAAGGGGUGAGGAAGGCGGAUGGAGGCACCUACUUCUGCAUUGCACACAACAAGCUGGGCAAUGCCACUGCCAAAGCUACUCUUCUUGUCGCCAGUGCAGAAGCUGCUCCCCCUUCCCUGUUUAGCUCCCCAGUGAACCCAGGAGAAGAGGCUCCCACAGCCAGCGAGGAAGAGGAGGAUUACUCUGAUUAUUACUAAUGUGGUGCCAUCCCUGCCCCCGGCUAACUGACCCUGCUGCAGAAAUCAGAAUGGGCCGCGUCAAGACAGGGGAAGCAAAUGAGCCUGGAGGGCAGGGCUUUUCCAGCUUCCUCUGGCUGGUGCUGAGAUGUCCUGGAUCCUGUGAUGCCAACAGCCAUGGGCCAGGUCUCUCAUGAAGGACAUUAGGAUAUGGGCAAGAAGCUCCAAAGCUGACUCUCCUGCCACUGGCUUGCCUGGGGAAUGGGUAAACAGACUCCUGAGGGUUAGGAAGUGCCCCUACCUAGCAUGCCUUAACCCCGUACCCUUCAUUCAGGCAGUGGUGUUCAAAGAGAUCAAAGGGGCCAUUUGACUGAAGGAGCCAAAUGGACAUUGACUAGAUGCACUUACUGCUACUGAACGCUGCAGUAACACAGCUGUCCUCUAGAGAACCCUGGAGAGCUACUGCGCAAUGUGGUGAGGAGUGAAAUUCCACUCUGUGUAGUGGGGUCAACACAAAGCCUGGGCAUCGCUUCAGUCUCACUUAGUCCCUGCUGUGCAAAGGGCCAGCACGAGGGCUGUGCUUAAGAGAAGCACAGGCUUUCUCUCACCUUCUGUACACAGGUAAAUGUCACUCAGGGCCUUCAUUUUAAUGCUCCACAUUCUGCUGGGGAGCAGGGGAGUGCUGCUGAGGUUACAGUUGUAAAGAUGCUCCAGUGCUCCAGGGAUGGUAAGGGCUAGGUUGUAGGGGAACAAAAAAUGAUGUGCGUGCAGUGCUGGGGAGCACAGUUGGCAAGAUUUCCCUCUAAGCUAGCCAGGGGGAGACGGGGGAGAAGAUCAGAGCUGGAUGCAUUUCAGGGAAACCUUAGGCAGGUGCACAAGUUCUCUGCACCCCCCUGCAGUGCAUCGGAAGCAGGACUGUACCCAAGCCUGUCCCAGCGGCUGCAGGAUCCUAAUGCAGCCUGGGCUCUCCUCUUGCCAGAGGAUGCAGAGGGUGGAAGGGAUGGGGGUGGGAGCAAGGGAACAGAACAGACUGGAGAGUGGAGCACCUAGUUGAAAGGGGGCUGUAUCUGGUUUGCAAGCACUCAAGGAAAGAAAAUGAUUAGCUGUGAAAGAUGCUUCCUAUGAGACCUGUAACGGUUUAUAUCCUAUUUGCAGCGAGGGUAUAAAUAACAGCCUGUUUCCGGGUAGAGAAGAGCCUGGGUCUCAUGUAUAUUUUAAAUGAUUCCAAAGAAUUUCAUUCCUAGUUAUGUCCAGCUGGUGAGGGAAUGUGAUCUCCUGUGGAUUCUUGCAAUGAUAACACUUUGCCUGGCUCUGGUGCCUUCCAUCAGGGCCCAUUGCAAACAUUAGCUGAUUAGCCUUCAGCCUCAUAUCAUUAUCUUCAUUUUACAGAUGGGGAAACUGAGUUACAGGGAGGGCAAGUAAGUGACUUGCCCAAGGUCAUGCAGUCAUGAGCAGAGAGGCAUUAGUCCCCCUCUGUGGGCCAGGUUUCAUUGUCAGAAAAGCUUGCCCUUUAAUUAGGUGCUUAAGCAGGAGCUGAAGCUCUUCUGAAAACCUGGACCCAGCUGUGGAUGCUGAGGCUUGCUGCAAGUUCUGGCGUCUGAUGUCUCUGGGGUAACCACAUCUGGAAUAUCAUGUUCAGUCCUGGGCACCACAUUCCCAGAUGCACAUUGACAGACUGGAAGGAGUUCAGAGAAGAAUGACAAGGAUGAUCAAGGAGGUGAGGAAAGAUUAAAAGAGCUAAAUCCAUCUGGUUUAGCUAAGCAAUGACUGAAAGGGGACGUGGUAACAGCCUGUCACUAUCGGAAGGCUGUGAACUCCAAGAAAGGAGAAGGGUUAUUUAUGGUCAUUCGGGAUUAACUAGGAGGAAUGGGAUAACAGUUAUUAUUUGUUUUGCAGUAGCCUGAGAACCCGCAGUCCCAUUGUAUAUAGCAAAGAGACAGUCCCUGCCUCAAAGAGCUUGGAAUGCAAGUAAUGGUACUAGGAAAGGGACUAUCAGGACAGCCUUCCCGAUGGUGAGAUCCGUAAGGUGAUUUGGGAACUCCAUCACUUGGGAUAUUUAGGACUAAACUCUAGAAAACAGGCAAUAGGGAAGAAUCCUGCAUAGGUCUCUUCUAUGAACCCAGGAGUCCUGGGUCCCAGUUCCCUGCUCUAACUGCGAGAGCAUGUGAAUGCUCGCUUGCCAAAGGUCUUUGCAGUAAAUCCCCUGUAUAAUAUUAGGACGGGCACAAGGUGCUCCCACACGAGUACUUCUUGGGCAAUCACGGCCCCUUCCACGUUCUUGGGGAAGAGGGUGUGUUGAUGUGAAUUACAGCCUGGUACCCCCCCUGAAAAGCCCCAGAUCUGAAAUGUCCAUUGCAAAGACCCUUGCACUGGUCUGAACUCAUUGGAAUCUCUGGAUAACACUUCCCCAUCCCAGGCGCCAUCUCCUCUUUCCCCAGUCCUUCAUCCCAACUCAGGACCCCCCCAGGCAGAACAGGAGCAGGUAUGCUGCCUGCUGCUGUGCCUCAUGGAGGAAGCUCUGGAAGGAUGGCAGCAAAUCGAGAUUAUGGCCCUUGUGUGACCCACAGCUGGGCUUAAAGGGACAGUGGUCUAGGAUGGGCACUUACUUUCCCUCUCCCACCCAUGAUUGCUCCCCAAGACCGUUUCCCUCUUGCCCAAUGGCGACUUCUGUUAUUCCAAACACCUGGAACAGAGUAACUGGCCUGUCACACGACUUUCAAGUGCCAGUGCCCCAUUUCAGCAGGGAUUAUAUUUUUCUGUAGACCGAGCACAUCAUGCAAAAAUUAUUAUAAUUAUUAUUAGAAAUAAAGUGAUUGAAAUAAUAAAA